AUGGCGGGGAAGAAGAAGAAUGGCAGCGAGCAUUCACCAUCCGGCGCCUCGCCGUGCAAUGACCACGAGCACGAGAAGGUCCCGAAAGGGCACGUCCCGAUGAUCAUCUGCAGCGGCGAGCGUGUGGUGGUGCCGGUGAGACUGCUCGCCGCCCCGUGCAUCGCGAAGCUGCUGGACAUGGCGGCGCAACAGUAUGGGUACGGCCAGCCGGGAGUGCUGCGGAUACCCUGCGACGCCGAGCAAUUCCGGCGGGCCGUCGACUGCGCCCUGAAGAAAGCCGGGUAG